CCCAUAAUUAAGUUAGCGUGCUGCGCUGGAGGUCUAUGUUUACCGGGCAGGCGAGGGAGUUUCCUUCACUCAGCGGACAGCUCUGAGCUCAAAGAAGGCAGCAGUCCUUUCUCUCACUCGUCUCUCUCUUGUUAUUUCUGCAACUCAUCCCUCGCUGCGCGGCGACUAGCAACCUGCACACACACACAGGCUGAUCCAGGACGAGCCAGGGAAGGGGGGGGGGAGAACCAGUAGCAGCACUACCACCCUCCCUCCAUCUAAACGGCCCAGGACCUUAUCUCUGCUGCUGUCGCUACCACCACCGUUGCCAUCAUGUGCGACUGUUUCCACCUGGCCUUCCCCAACUGGCACGCCGCCUCCUCGGGGACGGCUGGUCGAAGGCUGAGAGCACCAGAGCCUGGUCCAGAGGACGAUUCAACAUGUGACGAGACAUCUCAGUUCACAGAGAGAGAGAGGCCGCGCCCCCAAGGAUCGUCUCCCGUUGACGAGUAUCCCGAAACUGAAAAAUACACCGACAGUGACAAAGAGUGUGAAGCGGAGCAUGACCCACACUACAAAAGUGGGAGUGGAAAGAAAACUAAAAAGUCUGGGCUUGGGUCCAUGUUUGAAAAGCGCUCGACUCCAAAGAUGAGUAAACUGAAGGAGGUUCACAGCCCUGAGUCUGGACUGAUAGUGAAAACAGCCAAAGAUGGAUGUGCAGAGGGUCUCGUUUAUGGUGGAGGAGGGAAAGAGGGAAUAUUCAUUAAGGAAGUGGUACCAGAGUCACCUGCCUCAAAAAGUCUGAAACUAAAAGAAGGUGAUCAGAUUCUGAGCGCCACUGUAUAUUUUGACAACGUGUCAUAUGAGGAUGCCAUUCAGAUUCUGGAGCACGCUCAGGCUUACAGAGUGAAGCUCUGCUUGAAACGCAAACCAGACAUCACAGAGACUGAAACAGCCAUUGAAACUGACGCCAUCCCUGAGGAAGACGUUUAUGCUCCAGAAAUGAGGGAGCAAGGAAAAACCAAAAGGCGUGGCGAUGCCCGCAUUUCAUGGCCUAAGUUUCCCUCCUUUGGAAAAGGAAAGAAGUCCCGCUUUAUAAGGUCUCACAGCUCCUCAGAGGCUGAUGAGCAAAGAAAGCUUGAGCUUAGCCCCACCACUAGUGAGACAGAGUCACCUAUUAAAUCUCAGGAUGCUCUCAAAGGCAAAAAGAAACAGAAAACAAAGUUCUCUGUUCUAACAAAGAGAGGGCGCAUAAGUUCAUCUGAAGACCAGGACACAGACGCACCAACAUCUGCGCAGAUGGUUUCACCUGAGUGCUUUGAAAGUCCCACAGGAGAAACACCUCAAAUCUAUGCAACAGAGGAUCUGAAAGUAGUGGAAGACUUAAGACGUGAGCAAAAUGAUCAAAAACUGACUGAACCUCAAACUGUUAAACACAAGGUAGAACUCAUCACUAUAGACAGCACUUUGAAAACAGAAGAUCUAACUGUGGCUCUGGCAGGUCAAGGUAGCCCCUCUGGUAUCAAGUCCCCUGAUGGGAAGAAAAAGAAGAAAGAGCGGUCUGAAUUAAAAAUGAAAAUUUCGGGAAAGGAUAAAUCGCACAAGAAAGAUACAAAAGCAAAAUCGUCACCAAAAAGGCUGAAAACUCUGGGGGCAAGUAUUGAAAUAGCGGACCAACCUGGAAAUGAAAAAUCAGAUGCCAUCCCAAGUUUUGAGUCACAAACAAAACUACAGGGGGAUCAACUUGCACUUAAUACCAAUACUCAAAUAAUCAGCAAUGAGAGUUCAAGGGUGGAAAUGAGUGUACCAAAGGUAGAUCUUGAAAUAUCUGACGUUGCGUUGAUAGGGAAAUCUCCACAGAAGGGUGAAGAGAAAACAAAGAAAGGCAAGGACGUUAAACAAAAACAAGAAACAAAGACAGGUCCAACAUUCAAACUGCCUAAAAUAGGCUUUAGUGACAUUGCCACUGAGGAAACAAUCCCAAAAAUGAAUUUAAAUUUUGAAGAAUGUACACCUAAAAUGGAGAAGUUUACAACUGAGGGUACAGAAGUGAAAGAAGAUCCUUAUGAGCGACUGUCGAAAAGCAGUCUUCCCAAACGUGAAGACAUUGUGAUUCCAGGUAUGGAGGACAUGUCUAAGAAGACCAAAGUCAAAGGAAUUAAAGAGCCUAAAGCUGUUUUUACAGGACAUUAUGAAGACAUUCAAGCUGAAACUGUACACCUGUCAUUUGAUGUUGACAGUGUGAAAGAGGCCGUUUCAAAAUUGCCAGGAUUUAAGCUGCCUAAGAUUGACAUGAGUGGUGUGCCUAUUCCUGAAGAAAUUACUGUAAUAGAUGCAAAUGCACAAAGAAUAUCAGUGAAAACACCCACUAAAACAAAACAUGAUGCACACUUUAGUAAGUCUGACAUAACUGCCUCUCCAGAAAUCUCCAAGACAACAGUCAAACUACCAAAGAUCACAUCUGCUGAUUUAACCACAGAGGAGCUUUUAACGGAGAGCAAAGUGGAUUUAAAAAAACCUGAAAAGAAAUACAAAACUCAGCCAAAACAAAGCGACAAAGAACAUGUUAUAAUACCUGGAAAAGAAAGUGUACAAGUAGCCGCCAUUUUUCAGACACAAAAAACGCAAGGGAAAGAGGACAUUGAAUCUGAAAAUGAAUCUGCAGUUACACUCAAAUCAAAGAAGGCAAAGAUAACAAUGACAAGCUUUGGGAUUUCAAAACCAGACAUAAGAAUCAGUGACAUUGGAAUUGACUUUCCAAAACAAAAGCAAAAAGGUGACAAUGUAAAGGGAGAAAGAACUAUAUUUCUUCAAGACGAAGAAAUUUCAAAGACUGAAACAAGGAACAAGAUUGGAGAAGUCAUAUCAGAUGUCAAAAUACCAGAAAGUGAAAGCAUUGAAUACAUUGAUUCAGUAGAUGGUUCACCAGACAAAAAGGAUGGUGGCAUUGGUUUGACAGGUUUUGGUGUUAAGCUUAAUGCUGCAAGCCCAAAGACUGACAUCUCCUUUCCAGAGCACAUCAGUAUAAAUAUGCCUGAUGCAGAAAAGGAUGUAAAGAUUGAUGGGGCAGAUAUAAGAAGAAUUGAAAGAGAGAUAAAAGGUGGCAAGUUUAAAAUGCCAAAUCUCAGUAUCUCAAUGGCAAAGGUUAAAGGACCUGAAAUUGAAAAAGAUGUAGAUCUCCCACUACCAGAAGCAAAAGCUGAGGUUGAACUCCAAGACAUUCCUGAGGUUGACGUUACUCUAGGAAAUGUAGAUGUUUCUAUUCCAGAGAAAAAUAUGGAGGUCAAAAAGCCUGAACUAGAUGUCCAACCUUGGCAGGUGGAAGGUGAACUUGAUGGACAAGGAAGCAAGUUCAAGAAGCCCAAGUUUGGAAUUAAAAUUCCCAAAUUAAAAGAACCAGAAUUUGAUUUAAGCUUAUCAAAGAAAGAUGUAGAGGUCACACUACCAGCGGUUAAAUCUGAAGUCCAAGUCCCAGAAGCCCCUAAAAUCGAUGCCAGUCUUGGAAAAGCAGAGGUUUUGAUUCCAGUAGCAAAGGUGGAAGUUAAAAAACCUGAAGUGAAAAUCAAACCUUUGCACACUGACAUUGAACUUGAAGGACAAGGAGGCAAGUUCCAAAUGCCAAAGUUUGGAAUCACAAUGCCAAAAUUCAAAGCACCUGAAUUUGAUUCGAGCUUAUCAAAGAAAGGCGUAGAUGUCACACUACCAGAGGCUAAAGCUGAAGUCCAACUCCCAGCAGCCCCGGAGAUUGAUACUACUCUUGGAAGGAUAAAUGUUUCCAUUUCAAAGCAAAAGAUGGAAGUUGAAAAACCUGAAUUGGAUAUCAAACCUCUGAGGACUGAUGAGGAACUUGAUGGACAAGGAGGCAAGUUUAAGAUGCCAAAACUUGGUGUAAAAAUGCCAAAAAUUAAAGUGCCUGAAUUGAAUUUAGGUUUAUCAAAGAAAGAUGUAGAUGUCACGUUGCCUGAAGCUAAAGCAGAGGUCAAACCUCCUGAUGUUGAACUGACAGAACAUGGAAUUAAAGUAGAGGUCAAAGCUCCAGAGAUUGCAGUUUAUCAACAGGAUGUUGAAGGACCAUCAUCAAGAUUUAAAAUGCCAACAUUUAAACUACCAGCAUUUGGAGAUGGUACUUCAAAGGUCUCUGUGGAAGCACAUGAUAUGGACAAAGAAGUCAAAAUUGAUGUAGCUAACAUUAAUAAGCAUGUGGUUAAUAUUGAAGCACCCAGCAUUGACCUUAAGGGUCCUUCAAUUGAUAUGAAGGCUAUAGGAACUGAUCUUGAGGGGAAAGGAAGCAAGUUUAAAAUGCCACAUCUCGGCUUCUCUAUGCCUAAAGUCAAAGGACCUCAACUUAAUAUACCAGAGGCCAGUGCUGAAGUCAAACUCCCUGAAACCCCUAAAAUUGAUGCCAGUCUUGGAAAAGCAGAAGUUUUGAUUCAAGAGGCAAAGAUAGAAGCUAAAAAACCUGAAGUGAAAAUCAAACCUUUACAGACUGAUGUUGAAGUUGAAGGAGAAGGAGACACAUUUAAAAUGCCAAAGUUUGAAAUCACAAUGCCAAAGGUAAAAGGACCUGAAAUUCACUUUAGCUUAUCCAAGAAAGAUGUAGAUGUGACAUUACCAGAAGCCAAAGCUGAAGUAAAAGUCCCUGAAGUUGAACUAAAAGAACCCUCUGCUAAUGUGGAAAUUAAAGGUCCUGAAAUAACAGAAAAAGAUAGAGAAGGAUCGCCAUUGAAAUUUAAGAUGCCGACAUUCAAACUACCUAAAUAUGGAAUUGGUACUCCAGACAUUUCUGUAGAAGUAUCUGAUAUGGACAAAGAUGUCAAAAUCAAUAGAGCUGAUAUUAAAAUUCCUGAAGACACUCUUACAGUUGACAUUGCAACACCCAGCAUUGGCAUUGAAGGCCCAUCAAUAGAUAUUAAAACUACAGGAACUGAACAUGAAGGAAAGGGAAGCAAGUUCAAAUUGCCAAGUCUCGGUUUUUCUGGACCUCAAAUCAAACGGCCUGACGUUGAUUUAAGCCUAUUAAAGAAAGAUGUAGAUGGGACUUUACCAGAAGCCAAAGCUGAUGUCAAACUCCCUAACAUUCACAGUGAAGCACCCAGAACUGACAUUGAGGGCCUAUCAAUACAUUUGAAAACUACAGGAAUUGAAGAGGAUGGGAAAGGAAACUUUAAAAUGCCACAUCUUAGUUUCUCCAUGCCAAGAGUGAAGGGACCAAAAAUGGAUUUAAGCCUUUCAGACGUAGAUGUCAAAUUAAUAGAGACAAAACCUGAUGUCAAACUUCCAGAGGUUGAUCUUGGAAAACUGGAUGUUUCAAUUCCACAGCCUAAGAUGCAAGUUAAAAAACCUGAAGUGGAAAUGCAGUCCAUGCAGACUAAAGGUGAGCUUGAUGGAAAAGGAGAAAAGCUCAAAAUGCCAAAGUUUGGAAUCAAAAUGCCAACAUUAAGAGAGCCAGAAUUUGACUUGAGCUUAUCAAAGAGAGAUGUUGAUUUCCCACUACCACAGGCAAAGGUCGAGGUCAAACUCCCAGAAGCCCCUAAAAUCGAUGCCAGUCUUAGAAAAGCAGAGGUAUUCAUUCCAGAGGCAAAGAUGGAGGAUACAAAACCUGAAGUGGAACUAAAACCUUUGCAAACUGGCAUUAACAUUGAAGGACAUGGAGGCAAGUUCCAAAUGCCAAAGUUUGGAAUCACAAUGCCAAAAGUAAAAGGACCUGAAAUUGAUGUAAGCUUAUCAGAGAAAGAUGUAGAUGUGACACUUCCAAAGGAUAAAGCUGAGGUUAAACUCCCAAAAGCUCCUGAAAUUGCUGUGGAGAUUAAACCAC